AUGCGCUCCAAGUUCAAGGACGAGCACCCCUUCGAGAAGCGCAAGGCUGAAGCCGAGCGCAUCCGCCAGAAGUAUAACGACCGCAUCCCAGUCAUUUGCGAGAAGGUAGAAAAGUCGGAUAUUGCCACCAUCGACAAGAAGAAGUACCUGGUCCCGGCCGACCUCACCGUGGGCCAGUUCGUCUACGUGAUCCGCAAGCGAAUCAAGCUGUCUCCCGAGAAGGCCAUCUUCAUAUUCGUCCAGGACACCCUGCCGCCGACCGCCGCGCUCAUGUCGAGCAUCUACGAGUUACACAAGGACGAGGACGGAUUCCUGUACAUCACCUACUCGGGCGAGAACACCUUCGGCGACCUGUUCGAGGAAGUCGAGUGA